AUGACCAAGUAUGGUCCAGCAGCCCCAAAUGUCAACUCGACAACACCCUCCAAAGCAGUCCCACCGACAUCAACCGGGCCAGUAUCGGCCGAAGACUGGGCCAUCAUUACAGACCUCCUCGAGACCAUCGACCGCGACCCGUCAUCAAUUGAAGCCCGCAGAGUACUUGCGCAUCAAUACGAAGUCUUCGGCUGGAACGAUGAAGCAGCUCAGCAGAUCCGCACCAUCUUAUCCCUGCGACCUGGCGAUGAAGAAGCCGCCGCAUGGCUCAUAGCGCACCUACACAAUGGAGGCGACAAUGCUCCCGCGACUCAAGUAAAGACAGUAUCAAAUCAGCGCCCGCGGUAUCGAGUCCACAAGACAGGAACCUUGCAAGACUUGCAAUCCGGCUACAAGAACAUCAUGGCCAACGCCCAAGCGCUUUCGCUUGAGCUGCAGAUCUUUCAAGAUCUCUGCGGGCCUUCACAUGACUUCGCAGGCCAGAUCUCGGACUUGAAGGCCAUUGCAGAAGGCCGUCUGACAUCUGUCGUGAAAGUCCGUCCUCCACCUGCGACGAGGGCCGUAGCGGCCAAGAUCAUAGCCGCAGCGACAAUGUCAGCAAGGGAAGAUAUCGCCUUCGCCGAUCUCGAAUCCAAUGCCCGCUACCUCCGAAACCGCAACACACCAAGCCGUAACGAUGAGCUCCGCAGCGCCUUGUGGAAGCGCACCACGGCGAUCAAGUCUUCUCUUCCCAAGGACAUGACACAAGUCCCUGAAACGGCGUUCAUGCACAUCGAACACGAAAUCCUGCGCAAGACAUAUCGCAACGCGGAAACAAUGCUGGGCGACUCCAUCAGCUCCAUCACUCGACAAAACUUCUUCGCAAGCGAAGACGGCUAUGCAUGGGAUAUGUCCGAGCUUGCUGCAGCAAUCAAAGCGAAUGGCGGCGUGAUGCGGAAUCCGCUUUCAAGAGAGAUGUUCAGCGCUGGGGACGUAGGCAGGAUCGUGACACACGCACAAGGACGGGAUCUCGGUGCUCUACAAUUACAGCAGCAAGAAUUGUCCUCCGGCGUGCGGAAAGACACGAUCGAUCGUCUCGACCAGAUGGCGAGGAUUCUGCUGGAUGAUCAGAGCGCUGACAGUGCUCCCUCUCGUGCCGCGGUCGAAGAUUUCACCUUGUAUGUUGCGACGUUGCCGCUGGCUGAACAGGAGGCGCUGGAUAAGCUGAAGGUGCCGGCGAAGGAUAGUCAUACGGGGAAUGCGUUUGAUACGACUGUGGGAGAUGCAGUGGCGGAUGCCAAGGCGAAUCGGCAGUGUUUUCAUAAGACGGCCGAUCUGUUGAGGCAGGCGACGGGGUGGUUGAGAGACAAUGGCGGUAAAGAGGCGAAGGUGCCUGGUGCUUGGGAUUAG